CGGGAAUCGAUAUAAAGCUCUAUACUGAUUCAAUAUUCAAGAGCAGUGAAAGCUGAAUUUGAGAAAACUACAUAACCUUGAAGUCUGGAUUCAAACCUCCUGAUUGUAAUAAAACAUGUCUCCCCAAUAGAAAUCUGGACCAAGCCCUACUUCUCAACACUUCUACCCUGCUCUCUUUCUGAGGAGGAGAUAAACUCUUCCUUUUUAGAGGUCAACUGGUUCCACAAAGGAUUAGGUAUCGCUGUUAUAGCUGGGACCAAUGUUAUCCACAUCAAAGAAGGUUUCAGUGUGGAUCAAAGUGCAUUUUCAAAUGGGACCUUCUCACUGACAGUGCAUAAUACCACACUCAGCCAACAGGGGGAGUACACAUGCAGCAUCGCCUACAACAACAGUGAGCUGUACUCCAGCAACAUAACAGUAAUUAUUUUAGCCCCACCCUCCCUAACAAGCCUAUCGACAAUGGUGGUUCUCCACAGAGAAAAUGAGAUCAAAUGUUUGGCUCAGGGCUUCACUCCGCCUCUGAUCUAUUUCUCCUGGAUGAAAGGAGGAGAAGAGGUGCGCCCGCCCCGUCCAUUCACAGCAGUCAACCACACCAGCGAUGGCUACUUCUGGGCUGUGAGCAGUCUGGCUCUCACUCCCACUGCCGAGGAUAAAUAUAUCAACUUCAGCUGCGUGGUCAACCAUGCUGCCCUGCAGAAGCCUCUAGCCAUAGAGCUUCCACUCAACUUUACCCAACUCCCUACUGUCACACUCUCCACAAUCCCCGCUGACUCACCCUCCUCCCCUCUCACCCUCUCCUGUGACAUUGAAGAAUUUUACCCAAAGGAAAUCACUGUUCAAUGGGUCCAGAAUGGCUCCAUUUUGCCUGACCCUCCUUUAGUCCUGCCCAGCCCAGGAGGCACCUUCAGAACCAGACAUUUUCGCACUCUGAACAAGGAGGAGAGGGAAAGGUCUGGGGAGGUCCAGUGUGUCGUCUGGCAGCCUUCUGUUCCUGAGCCGAUCUCUGCAACUGUGGAUCUCUUCAUUACUGAUACCAAUGAGGAGGGCAUAGUACUGACCAAGUCAGCCAAGGCCUCGGUUGCUCUUAUGAUCAUCUCUCUGGUUUUGGUUUUGUUGCUGUGUUUUGGGUUCUCCUGGAGGAAGAGGGAUGAAAAGCAAAAGUCCCUGAGUGUGUCUGGAAUAAUCCUGCCCCCUCGGGUAAUUGUUGGUCAGAAAGGCAGAGUUACUGUGAGUGUGGAGGGCAGGAGAGUAGACAGAGUGCAGACAACUUGGUUCCUCAAUGACAAGCUCAUCUCAGACACUUCCCAAACAGUUACAGAGAAAGGUCCUCUGCUGCCACCAGGUGGAGAAGUUGGAUAUUACAAGCUUCACACGCAACGCCCCCUUCUCUCAGGAAAUGGCAGCACUCAACAGCUACUUUCCUCUCUCUCUUUCAUCCCUCACCUUUCCAUUCACAAGGGAGCAGUGUUCAAAUGCCAGGUCUCAUAUAUGGGCAAAGACAAAGUGGUGGUGGAGAGAGUGUCAGACAAGUUCACACUGUUGGCUGCUCCCAAAGUAUCUGAUAUUCAACUCACAGACCCAGCUGAUAGCUCAGGCAUCGUCACUCUCACAGCCCAAGCUUCUGGCUUCCACCCUGACAUCAUCACCUUCCGCUGGUUCUGUCAGGGUGGAGAACUCAGCCCUGUGGCACCUCCAGCACCCCUCUCUGCCCCCCGCCCUGAUGCCCAGGGCUUCUUCUCAGCCAUCAGCCAGUGCAAACUUCCCCGCACCGAGCUCGAGAGAGGGGAGACCAAAGUGUGGGUAACAGUGCAUCACAUGGCCCUCAAACAACCAAUCACACGAGAGACCAGAGGAUUCAUAAAGAGGCCUCAUGUGUCUGACAUCAUAUCGUACCCUGCUGCAUCCAGCCACUCCCCUAAAGAUCCAUUGAUCUUUGGCUGUGAAGUCACAGGAUUCUACCCACCUGACAUCUCAGUUUCUUGGUGGAGAAUAAUAGAGGAACAGGAUGAAGAGGAGAUUGAGGAAUGUGGAGAUAUUUGGGGGCCCCUGCUGACUCAUCCCAGCACUUACCGUGCAACUGCCACACUGAGGGUGGAAAGCAGUGAGAAAAGGGAAAGGGAAAAGACCAGAAUUGCCUGUAGAGUGAUGCACUGUUCCCUGCAGGAACCGAUUGAGAGACAGUGGCAAAACAGCCACUCAGAUGCUCCCUCCAUCCCCUCUUCUCUGUCUGUACAGUGGAAGAAAGGGGGGAUUGGAGUGUUUUCUCUGACUUUGUUGGGGGGUCAUCCCAAAGCCAAACUGUUGUGGGCAGCAGGAGGGGCCACUCUUUCCCCCCUUGUCUCCACGGAGAGUCAGGUUGAAGGGGAAGAUGGGACCCGGGAGCUGAAGAGUGUGUGCACCAUACAGAGGUCCUCAGGAAGAGGGGGACAGACUGACAGAUACAUCAACAGCCAACGGAACAGGCAUACACACUUGACAGAAGAAGCAGUAACAAAUUGUGGGAUAGAUGGCAUUGAAAUUGUUGAUGAAAAAGAUGAUGGAGAGAUUAAGAUGGAGCAGAAACGCCCUGGAACACCAGCAGUAAAAAGGAGGAGAGAAGGGGAGGAUGAAGAGAGUGAGGAUGAAAAAAAAAGAGGAAAAGAGAGCGAUAUUCCCAUGACAAACACAGUGAAUGUCAGAAGGGAGGAUAAAGGAGGAAAUGAAUCUUUAAGAGUGAGUGUGGAAAUCACUCACCCAGCCCUUGCUCUGCCUAUAUAUCGAACAUGGACAGAACCUCAGGAAGAGUCAUGAUUUUACACCAGCAAGUACUUUUUGAAUAUAGGCGAAUAAUGGAAAAUCUCAUCACCAUUACAGCACCCCCUGCUGUUCACUUGGUCAUGAUCAAAUUAUAAUUUCAACUUGAAGAUGGCUACACAUUUGUAGACAUGUAUUUAUUUAUUUAUCAAUAUUCUUAUUUUCCAGAAAAAUAAAUCUUAAGACAAAGAUGAAGAUGCAAUAAAGUUGUAAUUCUGGAAUUAUAUUUCUAGCUUUUUUUACACAUACAUGUAUCAUACUCAACGGCAUAUAUAUAUAUUUUUUUUUUUCAAAACUUCUUCCACAUUAAAGCCAUUACAUUUUA